GUGAUUCCGCCGCCAUCGAAGCUGGUCGAGAGCAUUCGAUGGAUGUUAAAGCAGCAGUCUGCGCUUGUUGCUGUGGUUGCGCACGAUUUAUUUCCCUGCUGGAAUAAAGAGACACCUACUUUCUGAUCUGAAAUUCCCCGCCUUAAUCACAACCGUACCCAACCAGGCUGUGUUUUGCAGUACUAGUUUAAACAGUUGCUGCUCUGUUGCCUACCCCACCCCCACCUCCUUAACUAUACUUCCUUGAACAUCGGCACACUGAACCCACCAUGGUUCUCGACUAUAGCAAGUGGGAUGCUCUCGAGCUGUCAGAUGACUCCGACAUCGAAGUGCAUCCCAAUGUCGAUAAGCGCUCCUUCAUCCGAGCCAAACAGGCUCAGAUCCACCAGCAGCGUGUGCAGCGCCGUCAUGAGAUCCAAACCUUCAAGUAUGAGCGCAUAAUUAACGAUGGCUUGCUCGCCCGCAUCGACAAGCUUCUUACACUCCUGAAGCAAAAUGAAGGCUCCUCUAAGAGCCCCGAGGAAUUCGUUUUCCAGGCUUUAAUGGAAUUCGCCAGUAAUUCGUCAGAGGACCUGCCUCCCCCGCCGCCGGAGGGAGUCCAUACACAAGAGAAGGAACAACCCAAGUAUUCUCAGAUGAUGGGUGCUCUGGUUGAUCAGGUCAAGAAAGAAAUCGGUGAAGUCAGUGAUGAUAGGCUUUUCUCGGAAUACAUCAAGGGCGUGCAGGGACAUAAGGAUAAGGUGCAGGGUCUACAGAAAGAGCUUCACCAAAGACUUGCGCAACUGGAGAAAGAGGAGAGCAGCAAGAUCACCAGCGACCAGCUACACACUGGCUUUGACACUUCGCAUAUCGCCAAGGGAGGCGAAAUGCAAGGGGCCCAGGGCUCGUCGGCGAAGACCCAGACGGUCGAGCUUCUGAACCCCGGAGCUUCCGCUGGUGCUUCGUCCCAGAAACCUGCAGCAGCCGAUGAUGAGGAUGAGGAUGAGGACCCAGAGGACAUGAAGGCCAGUGACCUGGCCAAGCGGUUUGCAAAGAUUGACCGCAGCGAUUACCGCGCUUUGUUGCAGUUCAUCUCCGCGAACCCCCAGAUCGUCGCUGAGAGAGAGACCGAUGGCCUCCUUGUGGAGGCCUUCAAUAGCCAGAUGGAAGGCAAGGAAGAGUAUGCCCGUCAAUGUGUCCACCAGGCAUUGCUGUUGCAAUAUUGCCGGUCCCUCGGCCGCGACGGCAUCUCUCUAUUUUUCAAACGGUACGUGUAUGAAGUGCUUACCAGUGAAAACAAUACGCUAACAUUUCCUUCACAUUCUAGCAUCACAACGGCAGACCACCAGGCCGGAACCCUUUUCCGAAAUGACGUGAACGAGACCUAUAACAAGAUCAAGACGCGUGCUGCACAGCUCGCCAAGGAUGGCUCCGCAUCCAACGAUCCGGCUGGUGUGGAGCAGAUCCAGUUGCAUGCGGUUGACCCCAACACCAAGAUCAGUAUUGCUAUCCCUGCAGCCGAGAGUCAGGAUCCCAUCGAGGUGGAGGCGCGCAAGGUCUUCGAGUCGUUUUCGAAAGAAAUGCAGAAUGCGUUGGCAUCAGAGUCUCUGGACGAAGUUAAUAAGGUUCUCGGAGAAUUGAGCGUUGAAGAGGCGGAGGAUGUCGUUGAGAAGCUGGGACAAUUCGGCAUGCUAAGUCUCGAGGAGGGCAUUGUCGACGCCACGACUGAAGAAGGUCGGAAGAAGUUGGAAGAGAUCGAGGCGGAGAACAAGAAGGAGAGGGAGGAGAUAGGCGAGCCAGGAGGUGAUAUCACCGAGUUGGAUUGAGAAGUGUGAAUAUACAGCCUAGAUGCCAUUGACUUAGGUCUUUAUAUUGUUAUCAUCGAACCCCGACCGGCAACUAUGCUAAUAUUCCGAUCAUCUUCUUUCCACAUACUGCACUUACUAACCCAAGCCAUCACAGCUUAGGCAUACAAUAGUCUUCGGAAUUGAUCUGCAGGUGUUGGGUUUUUAUUCCGCUAUGUUACGUAGUUCCACAAGG